GAAGUAAAGCAUAUUUGUUAGCUAAGAAACUUUCCUCACGUCAGAUUGAAUGUGUGACAUGUUGGAAAUGACAGUUUGCUGUGAUUUUGCACCUGUACAUUGGUCAUAUUGUUGUCCAGUAUUGUUUUGGCAAUAUAGGAUUGUUACCAGGACACCGCUGCUUGUUCUUAUGUCCAGAUGUACAUAUACGCAUCGAUUUUUUAAAAUGCUGCCACUGUCAACGUCGUUGUUGAGAAACUUAAACUUGUAUACAUUUUAGUUCUAAUCUGGCUCUUGAGCUGAACAACUUUGACAAACUUGUCAUCCUGCCUGCAUGUGUUGUAAAAUAUAAACUGGACUGAGUGGGCAUGGAAAAUAUGAAUUAUUGAUUAUGGUGAUUUAUAGUUUUUCAGUGUGUGUGUGACUGGCUAAUAAAUGCUCUCACUCCAAUCAAGCUGAUUAGAAAUUACAGAAACAGCCCCCCUGCCUCGAUGAAUGAACACACACUUUCUCCACUUUAUAUGCCCCCCAUGGAGGCUUAUAAGGCCUGGGUGCAAGAGGGAAUCAUCCCCUGCUCUCUGGGGACUACUUUACUUCCACACACAUUCAUGGUGGUGGUGCACCCCGCCCCCCGAAAAUACUUCAGCCCCUCGGCCAUGUGCAUGGAGAGGAGAGGCAGAGCAGCCGAGAGAGAGAGGGGGAGACUGGGAGAGAGAGAGAGGGAGCGAGAAAGAGAGGAGAGGCGGGGGGCGAUGAGUCAAUACAACUAAUAAUUUAAUGGGGACACGGAGGGAGAGCCGGAGCGAGAGGGGGAGAGACCGAGAGGCGGAUCGCGAGGCACUGGAGCUCCGAGCCCGAGCAGCAGGACACUACCUCCGCCUCCUCUUCCUCCUCCAGGCGGCGGCGGCGGCGGCAGCAGCGCGGCCAGUCCGCCUAUGUGCACCCGGCAGCGGAGCGUCGUUUAUCCUCGACAUCGGAAAGUAAAAAUUCACUUUUUGACCUCCUCCUCUUUCUGCUUCUUGUCCAAUGUGGCCAACCUGCUCCAGCCUCCUGCCUCGGCUCCUCAUCUGACACGCCGCCGACAACAGAAGGGACGCUUGCUCGCUAUUUGUGCUCGCCGAGGUGUAGCCAGUUUCCAAGCCGGGUUUGAAGCGCCGUGUCGCCGGUGGUUACGAUGUUACAUUCUGUUCUCUGCCCUCUCCCCAGCGGUGGCUAGCGGUUGGCUGGCUGCCUCUCCCCGGCCAUGUUUGUGUUUUUUAACUAUAGUCGCCCUCCCACGGACGCCGCCAGCCGCUCACUCGGACCGCUUCUGGUUGUUUUUGUUCGGUUUGUUUGUUAGCUAAAUGUCGCCGUGUUCCUCUCCCAGCCGGACGGUGUAAGCUAGCGGAGAGCAGACACUCACCAACACGCACACACACACACACACCGGAGAGACGUUCACCGAUGACCGCAGGUCCGAGACUCCGUGGUCCCACUUCACGCCCGCCGGCCGGAGCAGUGUUGCAAACUCCACAUUAAGGAAAGUAGCUAUUGGCUGUUCGAAAAGUCGCUAAAUGACGCCAUAAAUAUAAUUUGCAUAGUUUCCAGUUUCAACACAUUCUCUGAUUUCGGAUUAACAUUUGCAAUAAAAGUAACUGUUGGUUGUUGAUUAGUUUAAGAUGAAGUUACACUCUUCAGUUGUCAUUGUUGGCUAGCUCUAAAGGCUGCUAACAAGAUAAUGCUCUAUAAGAGUUGAGUUGACCUGAACAACACUGCCCCUAGUGUUUUGGCAGAUAAUACAUUAAUAAAUAAAUACAUUAUACAUGCGCACUCAAACCCGAAAAGUGCUAAUAUUUGAUCAAGACAGUGGAGGGGAUGGUGUCGCAACUACGCAGAAGAAUAAUCCAGACUUAACGAUAUGUGCCUUUACAUCAGACCCUAAAAGUCCCUGGUAACCCCCGGAAAAGUCAUUAUAUUUGUCCUUGUAGCUUUUUUUUUUUUUUUUUGGAAAAAGUUGCAUGGGCCUGCAUUGGCAACACUGCGCCUGAGCCUCCUCGGAGCAGCCAAAAGCAACCUGGAAGUUGUAUUUAUUUUAUUUUUUCCUGGCCAACUUGAAGAAGACAGGAUUCCAAGCUGCUGUGGUACAGGUGAUAGUGAGUCGAGGUGCUGAGAAUGAUGGACCAUCUCAGCGAGGCGUGUCUGGGCAAGGAGAACUCGGAGCUGGUCAACAGCAUCGCGGAGGCCAAGGCCCCGCCGGCCAAGCUCCCCCGCAUGGAGCAGAAUGGCAGCCCCCUGGGCCGGGCGAGACUAGGCAGCACUGGCGCCAAGCUAGCCGGACUUCCCUACAAGCCCGCCAAUCACUUGCUGAAGACCUGCCACAAACGAGGCAACAUGCUGCCGGUCUUCUGUGUGGUGGAGCACUAUGAGAAUCCUAUGGAUUUUGACAGCAAGGAAGAGCAUGCCGAGUUUGUGCUGGUGCGCAAGGACAUGCUCUUCAAUCAGCUCAUUGAGAUGGCACUGCUGUCGCUGGGCUACUCCCACAGCUCGGCCGCCCAGGCCAAAGGAAUGAUUCAGGUGGGCAAGUGGAACCCCAUCCCCUUGUCAUACGUGACGGACGCGCCGGAUGCCACGGUGGCCGACAUGCUGCAGGACGUCUACCACGUCGUCACGCUCAAGAUCCAGCUGCACAGUUGUCCUAAGCUGGAGGACCUUCCACCUGAGCAGUGGAGCCACUCUACAGUAAGAAACGCCCUCAAGGAGUUACUCAAAGACAUGAAUCAGAGCUCUCUGGCUAAAGAAUGUCCCUUAUCACAGAGUAUGAUUUCCUCCAUUGUCAACAGCACUUACUAUGCAAAUGUGUCGGCGGCAAAGUGUCAGGAAUUUGGGCGCUGGUAUAAACAUUUCAAGAAGACAAAGGAUAUGAUGGGCAUGCGCCAAACAUCCCAGCUGGAGGGCUACCUGGGGUCGUGCGUCCUCCGUGAGAGCCCGCGUGCUAAUGCACUAGCUGAAAUGGAUGGCCUGGCCGACCUCUCCCCACCCAGCUCCAACCACAACCACCUAGGCUUCUCCCAGCAGCAGCAGCCCAUCCCAGGCAGCACAGCAGAGCAGACACCUUCUUCGCCAGUGCCCCCGUUGUCUCACGCGCCGCCGCCACCUCCCCAUGGAGGCCAGGCAGGCGGGCGGCAGCCCCAGCUCCCCAGCCUUCACCACCCGGGUUUGGUGUCCACUCCCAUCAGCCCCCAACUGGUCAACCAGCAGCUGGUGAUGGCGCAGAUCCUCAAUCAGCAGUACGCUGUCAACCGCCUGCUGGCGCAGCAGUCACUGUCGCAGCAGUACCUCAACCAUCCGCCUGUCAACCGCGCCUCGCACGGCAAGCCCCUGGAGCCUCAGGUGGGCUCCAACACAGAGGUGUCCUCCGAGAUCUACCAGUGGGUUCGAGACGAGCUCAAGCGUGCCGGCAUCUCGCAGGCCGUGUUUGCACGGGUUGCCUUUAACAGAACCCAGGGCUUGUUGUCAGAGAUUCUGCGCAAAGAAGAAGACCCUAAAACGGCGUCGCAGUCGCUGCUGGUCAACUUGCGGGCCAUGCAGAAUUUUCUGCAGUUGCCCGAGGCCGAGCGUGAUCGCAUCUACCAGGAAGAGAGGGAGCGCAGCCUUACGGCAGCUUCUGCCAUGGGUGCCGCCCCGCUGAUUAGCACUCCGCCCAGCCGGCCUGUACAGCCGCGGAGAGAAGACUGCAACAGCGUGCGGCCCGAAGACUGGAACCCGCGCAUCCCCGUGGGCAUUUCCCCUGUGAGCAAACACCCCCAUCUCUACCCCGAAAUCUCUUACACGGUGAAGCCAUCUCCCCUGCCCAGCGAGUGGAACGGCAAGACGGAGAGCUGCAUCCUCAACAUCAACUCCAACAUCUACGAUGAGAUCCAACAGGAGAUGAAGAGAGCCAAAGUUUCCCAGGCACUCUUCGCCAAGGUGGCCGCCUCCAAGAGCCAGGGUUGGCUGUGCGAGCUGCUCCGCUGGAAGGAGGACCCGUCCCCGGAGAACCGGACGCUGUGGGAGAACCUCUCCAUGAUCCGCCGCUUCCUGAGCCUUUCCCAGGCCGAGCGGGACGCCAUCUACGAGCAGGAGAGCAGCACUGGGCAGCAGCACCACGGCGAGCGGCCAUCACACUUCUCGCAUGUCUCGGCCGACCAUCUGCAGUCUCAGCAGCACCACCAGCCCGCCCUGUCCCUGCAGCACCCCUCCCAGCCGCUUCUGUCCCAGCAGCCCUUGCAGCAGCAGCAGCAGCCCACCACCGGCCCCCGCCUGCCGCCACGCCAGCCCUCUACCGCCUCCCCGGCGGAGACUGAGGACGAGGUCGGCCGCGGAGUCGGCGUCAAGUCCCGUACGGGCGGGGGGAAGAUAUCCCUGGAGGCCCUGGGCAUCCUGCAGAGCUUCAUCCAGGACGUGGGCCUGUACCCGGACGAGGAGGCCAUCCACACGCUCUCGGCCCAGCUGGACCUCCCCAAGCUCACCAUUAUCAAGUUCUUCCAGAACCAGCGCUUCUACGUCAACCACCCGGCCAAAGCGCCCAAGGAGCCGACUAAUAACAACAACAACAACAGCAGCGGCAGCACGAGGAGUAGCAGCAGCAGCCCCGCCUUCGACGAGGAGCUGACGGACCUGAAGGAGGGCGGCGAGCUGCUCAAGGAGCUGGACGAGAGCACGCAGACCAACAACACUGCCUUCUGCAUCAAGAUGGAGGAGCAUCUGGGCCACGGCGGGCAAGUGGAGCUGGAACCGGAGGCCAAGGAGUAAAGAACCGACAGGACUGCAUCAGCAGCGUCUGGGACGACUUUUUGCAUUUUGUAAAAGUACUCGUAUUCUUCACUGUAAAGCAUCAUCGACAUAACCUGCACAAAGAUGAAAAAAGACGUGGAUGUUUGCUGACUGCACUUGAUGUUUUACACUGACCGUCUUUCUCGAGCUACUGAUUCCACGCGGGGAGAAAAAGUCUAUGCGGCGUUCUCGGGAGGAUGUUUUUGUGUUUACGUGUGUGAUGUUAAACUGUCUCCUUUUCUUAAUGAGCAAACAAAAUCAAGGACCAAGUUGUUUGACACGGCCUUAAAGACCAGGCAUCAACGUCUGCAGCCUGCUGGCACAUCACUUCUUGUUAUUGUUAAUUCACCAUGUUAUCUUUUGAAAAAGCGCAUCAUGUGAUGACGAAUCAACUGUGGAAUGCCAGCGCCCGGCCCGGCCCGGAUGGCUCUCAGCCGUGAGGUGUUAUUUGUUCGGAGUGAAAUAGAAUAUAAAGAAAUCUCUCUCUAUAAUAAAGACAUAUAUAUAUAACGAUACUAUACCACCAAUGCCUUGUACAAUACGGCACUGCCGGUGUUCCAUUGUUUUGCUCAACCUUUCUCACUGUAUCACGAUUACAAAUGUGAAUGAUGCCAUCUUUGUGUUGUCUGACUAUUUAUUUGCGGUCCCUGCCGUGUUCCCGAUGUUUCUAAGCACGCUUGUUUCUCCACGCCUCAAUCCCAACGACAUUUCCUUCUAUUUGUCGAUGUGAUUUCGACGGGCAGUUAUAACAAAAAGUGUCUUAAACGUUUGAAAUGGAGCAAUGUGCUUUACAGGUUGCCUAUCAUUAAAAAAAAGUGAAAAAUAAAGUGCUGUGGGUUGAGCGAAUCAUGCUACAAGCUUCUCGAUUUAAUGUCGUAUGCAACUUUUCCUAUCAUGCAAAUAAGCUUAGGUGAAACGACUAACCCUGUAGAGAGAAAAAAAUAUGCAAUCUGUGUGGAAAUGAUUGAUGUCUGCGAUGUGUCUUCCUUUGAUCCAGCUAAUCGUGUACAAACAAGCUGUAUAAAAGUCUUUCUUUGCUUAUUUUCAAGGAGUUAUUUUACUAUGACUGACUGUUUUAUAAGUGUCCCCGGUUCCUUUGUGCAGAAACUAUGUCUGGAUUGUCGGUUCUUUGUAUUUCUUGGCAUUAACACGAGCCGAGGCCGUUUUGGCGCCCCCACCUGGAGCGGAACUGACCCCUCGCUGACCGCACGCUCUUUGUAAUAAGUGUAAAUAAAUAGCACACGCUGUCAGAGUGUAAAUAGACAAAAUGGAAACUCUGUUGUGCCUCUUUUAAUCACCUGGGCUCUUCUCCUGCAUCUUGUGCUGAGUGUGUGUCAAACACCUGUGAAACAUGUCAACACCUGCUGGGUAGAGGGGGGGUGUCUACAGGUGUCCCGGCCUGUUCGAUACCCCGCUGUGUGUACCAGUCGGGUCGGUCUGCGCUGGCCUCCUAUUGAUGUUCUGCUGUUUUUUAUUCAUGA